UCCGUGAUGUGCGUUCCACACACAGGAAGUAAGUUUUCAUUCAACGCUGCAGCCUACCAGUGUGCGUCGUGAUCAGAAUUACACGUUUGCAAAGUAGACAUCCAAUGAGUGUGAGACAUCCAGCAGCCGUCUCCAUGUGUCAGGAGGACUGAGCAGGACCCAGAGCCCCAUCACGGUGCCUUCACCUCACAUCCUGAUACAUGAGAGACACAAUGACCAGAAGAUCCUGGAACUCACCAACAAGAUCAUUCAGCUGCUGACUGGAGAGGAGGGGGGAGUGUGUAGAGGAACACAGGGAUCUGUACAAGGACGUGAUGAUGGAGAAUCACCGGCCCCUCACAUCACUGGAUGGGCCCAGUAACAGAGAUACCCCAGAGAGAUGUCCCCGUCCUCUGUAUUCCCAGGAUUGUACAGAGGAGAAUCACAGGAUCCCACAGGAGGAUCAGGGUGAACAAUUGAUUGAUAUAAAGACAAAAGAUACAGAGGGAGAAGAAGAGACGUAUGUGACUGAUAUGAAGGCAGAAGAUAUAGCUGGAGAAGAAGAGACGUAUGUGACUGAUAUGAAGGCAGAAGACAUAGAGGGAGAAGAAGAGACGUAUGUGACUGAUAUAAAGACAGAAGAUAUAGAGGGAGAAGAAGAGACGCAUAUGACUGAUAUAAAGACAGAAGACAUAGAGGGAGAAGAAGAGACGUAUGUGACUGAUAUAAAGGCAGAAGAUAUAGAGGGAGAAGAAGAGACGUAUGUGACCGAUAUGAAGGCAGAAGAUGUAGAGGGAGAAGAAGAGACGCAUGUGACCGAUAUGAAGGAAGAAGAUGUAAAGGGAGAAGAAGAGACGCAUGUGACUGAUAUAAAGGUAGAAGAUAUAAAGGGAGAAGAAGAGACGCAUGUGACUGAUAUAAAGGCAGAAGAUACAGAGGGAGAAGAAGAGACGCAUGUGACUGAUAUAAAUGCAGAAGAUAUAAAGGGAGAAGAAGAGACGCAUGUGACUGAUAUAAAAGCAGAAGGUACAGAGGGAGAAGAAGAGACGUAUGUGACUGAUAUAAAGGUAGAAGAUAUAGAGGGAGAAGAAGAGACGUAUGUGACUGAUAUAAAGGUAGAAGAUAUAGAGGGAGAAGAAGAGACACAUGUGACUGAUAUAAAAGCAGAAGAUACAGAGGGAGAAGAAGAAGAGACGUAUGUAACUGAUAUGAAGGCAGAAGAUAUAGAGGGAGAAGAUGAGACGUAUGUGACUGAUAUAAAGGUAGAAGAUAUAGAGGGAGAAGAAGAGACGUAUGUGGUGGGUGACCAGCAGUGUAAGGAGGAGGAAAUCCCUAAAGAUAUCAGCACAGCAGUUGGACACCUCAGCAGUAAUAUCUCAGAGGAACAUCUCCAUUUCUCUUCAGAUGGUGAAAUCAAAGAUAACCUCACACAAGAUGCUCAUGGAGAAAACUCUAUUGCUCCAUCUGGUCCCACCACUCAUGGGGAAUGUUCUCCUAAUAAUUCAGAUAUUGGUACUUCUAUUUCAGCUCUUGGAGUAGAUAAGACUUUGCCCACUUCUAUAGAUACCGAAUAUUUGACACAGAUUACAAAGCGUAUUAGCCAUCCCCCAGCUAAGGCAGGUGACAGGCAAUUUUCAUGUUCUGAUUGUGGGAAAUGCUUUAAACGAAAAGACACUCUUUUUACACAUCAGAGAAUUCACACAGGUGAAAAACCAUUUUCAUGUUCUGAGUGUGGGAGAUGUUUUACACGUAAAGAACGUCUUAUUACUCAUCAGAGAAUUCACACAGGUGAGAAACCAUUUCCAUGUUCUGAGUGUGGUAAAUGUUUUAGAGAUAAAUCAGAUCUUGCAUCACAUCAGAGAAGUCACACAGGUGAAAAGCCUUAUUCAUGUUCUGAGUGUGGGAAAUGUUUUAUACAGAAAUCACAUCUUGUUUUACAUGAAAGAAGUCAUUCAGGGGAGAAACCAUUUGCAUGCUCUGUGUGUGGGAAAUGUUUUACUGACAAAACAGCUUUUGUUAGACAUGAGAGAAGUCACACGUGUGUGAAUCAAUUUUCAUGUUCUGAGUGUGGGAAAAGUUUUACAUGCAAAUCAGGUCUUGUUAGACAUGAGCGACAUCAUUCAGGAGAGAAACCAUUUGCAUGCUCUCAGUGUGGGAAAUGUUUUACUGACAAAACAGCUUUUUUUAGACAUGAGAGAUGUCACACAGGCGAGAAGCCAUUUCCAUGUUCUGAGUGUGGGAAAUGUUUUACAGAGAAAGCAAAUCUUGUUAAACAUCAGAUACAUCACACAGGUGAGAGGCUAUUUCCAUGUGCUGAGUGUGGCAAAAAUUUUCCCACAUCAGCUGAUCUUGUUAAACAUAAGAGAUGUCACACAGGUGAGAGGCCAUAUCCAUGCCCUGAGUGUGAAAAAUGUUUUAUCACGUCGUCAGAUCUUAAUAGACAUAAAAAAAUUCACACAGGUGAGAAACCAUUUCCAUGUUCUGAGUGUGGGAAAUGUUUUACACAGAUAUCACAUCUUGUUACACAUCAGAAAAGUCACACAGGGGAGAAGCCAUUUCCAUGUGCUGAGUGUGGGAAACGUUUCACACAGAAGUCAUAUCUUGUUAUACAUGAGAGAAGUCACACAGGUGAGAAGCCAUUUCUAUGUUCUGAGUGUGGGAAAUGUUUUACAUUGAAAUCAAAUCUUGUUAAACAUCAGAAAAGUCACCGGUGAGAGACCGUUUCCAUUUUCUCAGCGUGGGAAAUGUUUUACACAGAUAUCAAAUCUUGUUACACAUCAGAAAACUCACAGGGCUGAGAAGCCAUUUCCAUGCCCUGAGUACAGGAUAUGCAGUCCGAUUCCACACUGCCUGAGGAAGCAGAGCGUAACAUGCGUUGCCCUUGGACACCACACAGAUUAUUGAUUUUAAAAUUCUUGUUUUUUUUUUGUUUUAAGCCUAUAUGUUAUAUUAUCUUUCAAUUGCUAUUUUUAAUAUUAUACUGUGAAGUCUUUAGUGUAUGUUAUUGAUCUUCUGAUACAAUUUUUUUGCAUUAAUAACGUGACUAUAUAAUAGGAGUUCUUCAUUUCAGGACUGAACAGUGUGUAAUUUAUGACUUGUUAAUGUAAAAUACAGUUGUUACUGUCUGAACUUACAGGAGUAUCAAUCAUCCAUGACAAGGCUAUUCAAUUAUAUUAAACCCGUGUACUUAGUUGCACAA